GUUAAUUAGAUUCCACUACUGAGUUAAAAUUUUAAAAAAUGAAAUUCACAAAAUCACCGGCGAUUGAUCUAACGGUCCGCGAUGCCCAUCUCUCAAUCCAACAAGACAACGCUUCUAUGCACGUUGGCACCUCCGUGUGGCCCUGCUCACUCGUCGUCGUUAAGUUCGCCGAGCGGUGGACUUCUCCGACCGCCGUGAUCGACGGCGCCGUCAAUCCCUACGCCGAUCUUCUCGAUUUUCGCAAUAAACGCGCCGUCGAGUUAGGCACCGGUUGCGGCGUUGCCGGAAUGGGAUUAUACCUACUUGGUCUGAACGACGUCGUUUUGACGGAUAUAGCUCCAGUUAUGCCGGCCCUAAAGCAUAAUCUCAAAAGAAACAAGCCUGUAUUGGGCCGGAUGUUAAAAAUGGCCCAAUUGUACUGGACCAACGCUGACCAAAUUAAAGCGCUAAGCCCACCGUUCGACUUUGUCAUAGCUACUGACGUGGUUUAUAUUGAGGAAACGGUGGGCCCGCUCAUCGAUGCCAUGUCAGCGCUGGUAGCUGACAACGGCGUCGUUUUGUUGGGGUAUCAGUUGAGGUCACCGGAGGCAGACACGCUGUUCUGGGAAAUGUGUCCGAGAGUUUUCAAUGUUGAGAAGGUCCCACAUGAGCAUUUGCAUAGUGAGUAUGCUUAUGAGGAAGCUGAUGUUUAUGUGUUAAGGAAGAAAUUGUAAUUCACUGUCUGAUUAUUACAGGACAAAUCAGCAACCUCUAACAGAUCAAUCAAGUCCCCAGGCUCAUUCAACUCAAGAGUUCCAACAGAGGCAGCUCAAAGAAAGAAAAUGGGACCAAAGGCUUGCAAUACUCAAGUUCAGGCUUGGAAGCAUGAGUGCGGAUGCGGGGGUGCAGGUUCGUAUUACGGGAAUACGAGAAUUCGUUAAAUUCAAAAAUAUGAGGAUAUGGGUGCGGGGAUAUGACAAUAUUUAAAUAUUAUAUAUUAUAUAUAUAUAACUCAAAUUACCACUGUCAGCAUAAACCUAAAGUAAACUGCUCUAUUUUCUCCUAAUGAGAACUAAUAAUAGACUAAUAUUAUAGAUAAUAUAUAUAACUCAUUUAUUGAUCGCUCUGAGGUCCUGGAAGAUCUUAACAGAUCUUCAGUGUUUGUCACAGUUUACACAUGUUACAUAUGUAGUCACAGGUUCAUCAGCACUCCGAGUAUGCAUCUGGUAACAAGUGCACUCAUCUAUUCCAACGAGUGCACCUGAAGUAUUUUGACUAUUUAACUUGAAGCUUUAAAAAAAUUUGCUAAAAAUAACGAAAAAUGCCACUCCCACACCCCAAUCCCCGCACCUCUGUAUCCCCAUCUCUGACUCUUCCGAUGCGUAUCCUAUACACAUUCCGUGCACCCUGCGCUGUGAAGUAUCCUCUACACAGUUCUUCAUGGCAUAUAUGGCAUUGAAGUAUCCUUGCUUUCUAGAGUUUAGGCAAAGAAAAAGCCAACUAUGAUGGACAUACUUAGAUGUCCUCAUCAUGGUCUUUCAUUUAAGGUCCAUAGGUAGACAGACUUACAGCCAAGCACCACGAAUGAUGGACAUAUUUAGAUGUCCUCGUCAAGGUCCACAGUUAGGAGUUCUCAUUGUGAAUGAUGGACAAACUUAGAUGUCUCAGCCAUGUUCAAGUC